AGCUGGCAGUGGCACACUAAAAUAGGCCUGCUGCGCACGCAAGUGACCCCGGCGGCUUCGAAGCCUCCGAAAGCCUCAUUUAAAGCCCACGAAAGCACAUCGUCUUCUUCUCCCUUCUCGAUCCUAUCUCCCAUUCUCCCUCGCUGAUCCCUCUCUCUCGCCAUAGCCAACAGACACCCCACUAAUUUCCAUCUCAACUCCGGCCACUAUGGCCACGCCGAGAUUUCUCGCCGUCCUCUUCAUCGCGGCUCUCCUACUCGCCCUCUCCUUCCCACAAGGUUCGGUGGUGAUUGUGGAAGGGAGGAAGGUGCAGGUGAUGAGGGCGGCGGGGCACUACGGCCGCCGGUGGCGCUCGCCCCUCGGCGGCGGCGGCGCCACCCGGCUGCUGCAGGAGGAGGAGGGCGCCGGCGGGAUGGUGUCGACGGUGGCGGACUACUCGGAGCCUAAGGCCAACACCAACCCCCACGGCAACGUGCCCGCUACGCCGGAGUACCCCACCUCGCCGCCGGGGCACUGAUCGAGAUCGAUCGAACGGCAUGCCGUCCAUCGCCUACGCAUUUGCGUGUACGUAAGGAGAUAACGCAAGGAGAUAGGGGUCAGAAUGAACAGGUGUUCUCCUCCCUUCUUCUUGCCGCGGUUCUUGACGAAUUGGUACAUAGUAGUGGUAAUUUUGAUUCUGAUCGCCCUUUGUAGUUUGUUAGUUCCGAGAAUUUCAUCUUGUAUCACUGUGUCUGUCAGUGCGUGUAUGUGUUUACUGUUGAGUUUUGAUCCAUCGAUCUGUAACGAACCCUGCAUGCCGUCCAUCUGUACAACCGAUUCAUUGUGUGCUUUGAAAUAAAAUUAUCAACAUUCUUCGCCAUUGCUUA